AUGACCCUGCGGAAGAAGAAGUCACAAUGGCCUGGACUGCUGCUGAUGCUCCUGCUCUGGGUCUCUCUGCAACCAGACUCCCUCCACCAGGUGUCAGCCGUCAACCUGCGGCGCUUCAUCGGCUGUGCCGUGCGGGAGUUCACCUUUCAGGCAAAAAAGCCCGGCUGCGGGGGCCUGCACAUCACCACCGACGCCUGCUGGGGGCGCUGCGAGACCUGGGAGAAACCCAUCCUGGACCCUCCUUUCAUUGAGUCCUACCAGCGGGUUUGUACCUACAACGAGACACGUCUGGUCACCGUGAAACUGCCCAACUGCCAGCCGAACGUCGACCCGACGUACACCUACCCCGUGGCCCUGAGGUGCGACUGCAGCGUCUGUCUGACCAGCACCACGGAGUGCAUAACGUCUGUGUGA